AUGGAUUUAACAAUCUCUAAGCUACCGAUUCUUGCAGAAUUCACCACAAUGGCCAGUUGGCGGCUAAGGGAAGCAGUCAAGGAGACCCUUAUAAGUAACAGCAAUGGUGAAUUUGACGAGGGUACUCACAUUAUACAAACUUUCGGGGUUAUUAAAGAGGAUAUCAACUUACCCAAAAGUGGAUCAUUCAAAAAGGGAGAUCGACCAACUGCCACGGUUUGGAGUGCUAACCCAAGAUAUGACUUAUUGACGGAAGGGACAUAUGCAGUGGUAGAGAUGCUUCAAGGAAAACACUGGGUUCCUGUUUACGACGAUGAUGAUUUCUCCCUGUUUUUCAAGUGGAAUGUAGAUACCGGUAGCUUAUAUGGCACAGCAACCAUAGAAGGGGAAAUACCGAGGGAUGCAAAUUCGGGGGUUCACAGGCUAAGGCAUUUUGGUUCAGCAAAGGAAACCAAGGAUUCCCCCAACACCUGCUUCACUGGCGCAUCUAGUGGUUUUGCAGUGUCUUAA